GGUUUUGCAACUCCUAGAUUACCGUGAGAGCACUUGUUUAAUCUGAGGAGGCAGGGUAGGUGGUGGUUCCAUGUACCUUUUUGGCAAAGACUGAAGCAUUGACUUACUCGUAUUGCCAACAGCAGUUCAUCUUUUCCCUAAAGAGUUUCAUAGUCAGCAACACAAAAUCUCUAGAAAUGAGCAAGGAAACAAAAGCAAAAGUUGCUGGCGCCUUUCGUGCUAUGAAGGCUAUAGGGAUUUCUGAAGAAAAAGUGAAGCCUGUUUUGAAGAAUUUGCUGAAACUGUAUGACAAAAACUGGGCGCUAAUUGAAGAAGAAAAUUAUAGGGCCCUUGCUGAUGCUAUAUUUGAUAGAGAUGAACGAGAAGCAGCAGAGCAGUCAAAGAAGAUCGUAAAUACUGAAGAAGUAGGUGAUUGUCAUAGUUACCAACCUGCAUUUCCUAAAAACAAAGAGGGUUAUUUUCAGGAAGAAGCUCAGGUACCUGAAGAGCCUGAGCAGCCACUGAAAAGAUUGCGACUUAGGUACCGAGAUGGUCAGACUUCCUCAAAUCCAUCUAACAGCAACUUGGCAAAACCUUUACUUAUCGAGCCCAAAGAAGAACCCAGUGAAAUACCUGAAACACAUCCUCCGAAGAUAAAUGGGUCACUUAGCAAAUUGGAUCCACCUCCGCCCAAUGCGGAAAACAAGACAAGCCAAUCAUCGGGUAGAAAUAAAGGGAAACAGCCCGUUUAUUCCAAAUCCUUGGUUCUUCAUGAGAAUUCUGAUCCCUCCCAGCCCAGUGGCUUCAGCAACAGCUCGCAAAAUGACCAAUCGAGGUCUGGAAUGGGUAGAAAUAAAGGGAAACAGCCUGUUUAUUCCAAAUCCUUGGUUCUUCAUGAGAAUUCUGAUCCCUCCCAGCCCAGUGGCAUCAGCAACAGCCCGCAAAAUGACCAAUCGAGAUCUGAUUCCAGACAACAAUCUUAUUCAAUGAGGCUGAGAGAAAGAGGGACGAAAGCUGACUCUCCUCAAGUCCCAUCCCGAGAAAAGAGGCCCGCUCCUGAGAGUUCAUCCCGUGGUGUACGUCUAAAAGAGCCUAAGAUUGAGCCGGACAUCCCUUUAUCAUCAGGAAAGGCAAAUACUGAGAGUCUAGCUUUGAUUGUGCCUAAAGAUGAGCCAGUGACAGACGAUACGCCAUCUUUGGAGGUCCGUGAUGUGAUUCGUCCAGUGACGUCCAACGGAGGAGAUUUAUCAGGUGGGCUUAGAGAAAAUUGUGAUCCUGAACCCUUGGCAUUACAAUGUGUGGAUGUACAAGCGACAGCUGAUGGUGCCACAACCCCACAUGCAUCAGGAAGCAAUGGUAGGCUCGUAAUAGUCUCGAAUCAUCGCCCUUUUAACCUAGAGGUUGCUUCCUCACCCUCGGGAGAAGUGAAAUUCUACUUGAGUUAUGAUCCGGCUUCUACAAAUCCUGAUUUCCAGAUGCCUGCUCGUGAGGCGGUUCUAAAAUCAGUCGAGGAUAAAUGUCUCAGGUCACCCAAUACUUUGGAUCCACACAUCUCUAUGAUGGAUCUUCUUAAAGAAAUGUGUCAGUGUUUUCUGACAAUCGGAACUGAUUGCAAUAGUCAGUCUCUAAAGCCACCGGAUGUGACUCCGACCAUUGAUUCAGUGAGUAAAUCGUCAGGAGUAGACUGUCUAGGUGCUGGGGGUUCUUGUUCUAGUCCUUUAAAUGGGUCUAUGUCAGUUUAUUAUCGAACUCGUUCCAAGGCAUCCCAGGCCCAAAAACCGGCACUUCCUGAACCUUGUGACGAUGCAAACCAUGAGCAGCAGCAGGACAAAAAGUGUCCUGGAGAUGAACUUAUGGCGAAUGGAGAACUUGAAGGAAAUUGUGUUGAAGAGAAAAAUGAUCUAAGUUUGGAGGUUGUUGUUCAGCAGCCCCUGGUGACUCCUGGAGUCUUGAGGUCACUUAAUUCCGUUAUUGAUAUUGCCAGGGGACAAGAAAAGGUUGUGAUAACCGUAGCGAAUGAUGUUAAUGAUGAGUCACCCCCAUCUUUCUUCUAUAUACCCCAAAAUGCUGCAUUCCAGAGUGCAUACGUGAAUUUUUCUUUGGCUCGUAUUGCAGACAAAAAUUGUUGUGGUUCUUGUUCUGGUGACUGUCUGUCGUUAUCGGUACCCUGUGCGUGUGCACAUGAAACUGGAGGCUAUUUUGCGUACACGCAGGAAGGCCUUGUUAAGGAGGAGCUGCUUAAGGAGGCUAUUUCUAUGAAUCGUGACCCGAAGAAGCAUUGUCAGUUUUUUUGCAAGGAGUGCCCUCUGGAAAGAUCCAAAUGCGAGGAUGUUAUCGAGCCUUGCAAAGGGCAUCUGGUUAGAAAGUUCAUAAAAGAGUGUUGGUGGAAAUGCGGCUGUAACAAACAAUGUGGCAAUCGGGUGGUGCAGAGAGGAAUAAGCCGCAAUUUGCAAGUGUUUAUGACUCCUGGAGGAAAAGGUUGGGGUUUACGUACCCUGGAGGACCUGCCCAAGGGUGCAUUUGUAUGUGAGUAUGUUGGAGAGGUUCUAACCAAUGCAGAGCUCUUUGAUCGGGUCUCUCGGAGUCCUAAUGGGGAGAAGCAUUCGUAUCCAGUGCUUCUUGAUGCUGAUUGGUGUGCAGAGGGAGUGCUGAAAGAUGAAGAAGCACUUUGUUUAGAUGCUACAUAUUACGGAAAUGUAGCAAGGUUUAUCAAUCACAGAUGUUUCGACUCGACUUUAGUGGAGAUACCGGUGGAAGUGGAGACUCCUGAUCACCACUAUUAUCAUCUUGCUUUCUUCACCACAAGGAAAGUCAAAGCCAUGGAAGAACUCACAUGGGAUUAUGGCAUUGAUUUUGAUGACCACGAGCACCCCAUUAAAGCAUUCCGUUGCCAGUGUGGCAGCAAAUACUGCCGCAACAUAAAGCGCCUUGGGCUAAGCCCAUACGACGAACUGAAAACCCUAACCCACUUCGGCGCUCCUUUAGCAGCACAUAAAACCCUAGCGCCUCCUUACAAUCUUUCAUUUUCAUCCGAAGGGAAGGAGUACAGAGAGCGAUCUACCAAAAUGUCGAAACGAGGACGCGGAGGUUCCGCGGGGAACAAGUUCAGGAUGUCGCUGGGUCUGCCGGUGGCGGCGACGGUGAACUGCGCCGACAACACCGGUGCGAAGAACCUCUACAUCAUUUCGGUGAAGGGGAUCAAGGGUCGCCUCAACAGGCUUCCUUCCGCUUGCGUUGGUGACAUGGUGAUGGCCACCGUGAAGAAGGGUAAGCCCGAUCUCCGUAAGAAGGUCAUGCCCGCCGUCAUUGUCCGCCAGCGUAAGCCCUGGCGCCGAAAGGACGGGGUCUACAUGUACUUCGAAGACAAUGCUGGGGUCAUAGUGAAUCCUAAAGGGGAAAUGAAAGGUUCUGCAAUUACUGGCCCAAUUGGAAAGGAAUGUGCUGAUCUUUGGCCUAGGAUUGCCAGUGCUGCAAAUGCCAUCGUUUAGAGAUUGAGUCUAGUGUUUUACAUUUGUUCUUGGUUGCACAAUCCGUUUAUUUUGUUAUAUCACCAGAUUGAUGAAAGCUGUUACUGCUGGUUGGAUUUUUGUUAGAGUCAAUGAUUGUUGUUUUUCGGAUUUACCUAAUUAUUGUUUUUGUGUUGCUCAAUUCGUGUGUUUCAAUCUUCUCUAUAGCCAUCGUAUCCAAAUCUAUGAAAUCAAUGUUGCUGCUCAAUUUAGUUAUUUAUUCAG